UAAAAAGCAUGCUCGCCGUUAUAGCUGGCCGAUCGCGUGGUUCGCAUAUUUUCCACUGUGGAGAUGGGUAUUACUACUUGCUCCGUGAAGCCCGACCUUCUCGGCUUCUCCUCAAAUGCAGACAGUACAGGCUGAACUGCAAUGGUUCUGCUUCAGUAUGUGUUCAUACCGGAGAAUUUUCAUCAUGUCAGCCUCACACUCAUCCUCCUGAUCCCUUACUUCCAGAAGACUUGGAAAUGAGGCGGCAAAUCAUGGAAUAUGCCCGCAAUACUGUCUCUGGCGAUUCUUCACGAGUAAUUUUGAAUGGUUUCAAGUUAAGGUGUGCUAAUCCUCAUCUUGCUGCAAGAUUUACGAUUGCACGAAUGCACGCUCCCUUGUAUAGAGCUCGUAGUGAAGCAUUUCCGCGUAUACCCAAUACUCUUCUGCAUCUUGGUAUUUUGUUGGGUCUACCAAAUCUUCGGGGCGUUUCCAGAACCAUGGAUAACAGAGACAUAAUUUUCCGUGCGGUUAUUGGAGAUCCUGAACAUGGGACCGUUUGUGUGAUUUUUGUCUCUGCUCGAAUGUUACGUUUCUUGCAAACACGCAAAAAUUUGCAUGUUAAUGCAACAUUUAAGAAAUGUAGUCGUAAGCCUAGAAUGAGGCAGAUGCUCAACAUAGUCACAAAUUUUGGAGGAACGAUUAUUGGGAUGGUAAGAGUCCUUAUGCAAUCGAAGAGUGAAGCUGCAUAUCUGACACUGUUCUCUUAUAUUAAGACUCUGUGCCCACUGCUAAAGCCUGACCGAAUCCAUUGUGAUUUUGAACGAGGAAUUAUGAAUUCUUUGGCUGCAGUCUUCCCACAGAGUUUAAUUGUUGGAUGCCUUUGGCACUAUGGCGUUGCAGUCAGUUCUACAGCUAGAGAGUUAGGACUGAAAACACUUGCUGUAGAAGAAGAAAAUGUAUGGGAAGCUGUGAGAUGCUUGUGCGCUGUCCCUCUGCUCCCAAGUAAUCUUAUGUGGGAUGGUGUGCUUGAGAUUUGGCAAGAUAUUGUUGAAAAUGGAUGGGACCAGAAUCUUGGGCCCCUGUUUGAUUACUUUCAGAGAGAAUGGCUCCCACGUCGCAUUGAACUAUCCUGUUAUAACUGUCCAGAAAGAACUAACAACUGUUCAGAGUCCGACAACCACUCCCUAGCUACUGUGCUGCCGAAGAACCACCCAAAUAUCUGGAGUUUAGUCAGAGGCUUUGUGAAGUUGGAGUACCUAGCCAUGUGUGAUGUAGCUGCUACACAGAAUCCCACUGUAUACACUGUCAACCGCAAGAGGAGCUGGAGAACCAUGUACAUGGAUAGAGCCAUCAGAAGAAGCACAACUCUUCUUGAAAAUGGAGAUAUUAGUCCUGGGCAAUUCCUCUAUCGUACUUCUUGGAGUGUGACUGCUGCUGUUCGCCAUGGCUUGAGAGUGAGGCGUGUCGUUGCUGAUUCUAGUUCUGAAUCGGACACUGAUGACUGAUGUUGUUCUGUACUAUCAUAUUUAUUAGAUUACUAAACUUUGUAAGUACUGUAUUGUGAAACCUUUUUGUUUACAUUUAAUGCAGAGGGUACG